AUGGUUCUUCUGCAAAGGAACACAGAGGAUCAGAAAUCUGUGGGGUCCAACCUUGGAGAUAGAUUGUUUGGAUGUCCAGAAAGCCCCCGUAGCGACAUUCAGGGGAAAGAUGAAGACUACCUGAGCUGCAGAAAGGAAGUCCACAUAGGAAUGAAGGCCCUAAAUUCAGAGACUGCUUUCCUGCCCACUGCAGAAAGAAUGGCUUAUCGCAGAGAGGUGGUGACCCGCCUUUUGCCAUGCAUCAGUGGAGAAGCUGAGCCAGGCUACACCUGCCUGGACUCCAGGGGAACCUAUGAAGGGCCUUCGGAAACGGAUACUACCGCGGCGAAAAUGCUGCGGCGGAACUUCCGGCAGUUCCGCUACCGGGAGGCUGAGGGACCCCGGGAGGUUUGCAGCCAGUUGUGGUAUCUCUGCCAUCGGUGGCUGAAGCCGGAGAAACGCACCAAGGAGCAGAUCCUGGAGCUGUUGAUCUUGGAACAGUUCCUGGCCAUCCUGCCCCUCGAGAUGCAGAGCUGGGUCGAGAGGGAUUGCCCCGGGACCUGUGCCCAGGCGGUGGCCUUGGCCGAGGAUUUCCUGCAGAGGGAUCGAGAAGCUAUGAGGUGGGGAGAGCAGGAGGCAUUUCCAGAGAUACCUGUGAAUUCCCUUGAAGUGGAGCAGACGCCUUCCGAGGCUGGCGAGGAAUGGUUCCGCCCAGAAGUGAAACAUGAAGGCCGUGGGAGCGCCAGUUGUCUGGGUGAUGGGCAGCUGAGCCUAAAGGAGAUGCCACCACUGGAAAGUCUGAAGCAAAUUGGGGUGUGUGGGGAGGGGAAAGAGAGAUGCUCUCUGCCUUCAACAGAGGAGGAAAGCGUUUCCAGCCCUCCCGGAUCAGACAGAGAGCUAGGCAAGGAUCUGUCGGACGGUACUGCUGGUUCCAAAGCCCCCCGCAAUCUCGGUGAAUCCACAAUCAAUUUGAAAAGCUCCAAAGGCAAGCAGGAGACAACGUGUAGCGUUUGCGGGAAGAGCUUCAGCCGAAGGACAGGCCUCUUGGCCCACGAGAGGGUCCACACGGGGGAGAAGCCAUACAAGUGCUCUCAUUGCGGAAGAAGCUUCCGCUCCAAGUCGACCCUAGUGGUGCACCAAAGAACCCACACCGGGGAGAAGCCUUACCAGUGCCGUGAGUGCGGGAAGAGCUUCCCAGUGACCACACAGCUAAUCGAGCAUGAGCGGACCCACUCGGGGGAAAAGCCCUAUGAGUGCGCUGAGUGUGGGCAGACAUUCCGCCAGAGGUCGCACCUGAAGAACCACCAGAAGAUCCACACAGGCCUCAAGCCAUUCAAAUGCUCAUACUGUGGGAAGGGCUUCAGCAUCAGCUCUGACCUCAUCCGGCACGAGAGGGCCCACACAGGGGAGAAGCCCUACCAGUGUCCGGACUGCGGCAAGCGGUUCUGCAACAGCUCGCAGGUGAUCACUCACCGGCGGGUCCACACGGGAGAGAAACCGUACAAGUGCCUGGAGUGUGGGAAAGGGUUUACCGUCAGCCAGCAGCUGAUCCGACACCAGGCCGUCCACACCGGGGAGAAGCCGUAUCAGUGCCUAGAAUGUGGGAAGACCUUCGGCGUCAGCACACUGCUGGCCGGUCACCUAAGGAUCCACACGGGGGAGAAGCCGUACGAGUGCUCAGAAUGUGGGAAGUGCUUUCGGCUGCGCUCCACGCUCAUCACACACCUAAAAAUCCACACGGCAAGAAAAACUUAG